CCUGGACUGAAACGUCGCCUUUUAAUUGAGCUUCUGUGUCCUUUCCAAUCCUUCUUCCUAUUUCUCGUCUUUGAAAUAGUGCCAUUUCCCCUGGCCAUUUACCAUCAUCAUACUUCAAUUGAUUUCUUCCAAUCUGCCUGACUGGUCUUGGCAGUCUCUAUAACAAACAUGUUUAACCUCCGCCGACUUCUCGCCAGCGCCCUGCUGCUGGUGGGUGUAAGUGUCAUCUGCUUCUCCCAGACGGCCGCCGCCACCAAGGGACCUAAGAUUACCCACAAGGUCUACUUCGAUAUCACACACGGCGAUGAGCCUCUGGGCCGAAUUGUCAUGGGUCUCUACGGCAAGACCGUCCCUAAGACCACCGAGAAUUUCCGAGCUCUUGCUACCGGCGAGAAGGGUUUCGGUUACGAAGGAUCUACUUUCCACCGAGUUAUCAAGCAGUUCAUGAUCCAGGGAGGUGACUUCACCAAGGGUGAUGGCACUGGUGGCAAGUCGAUCUACGGUGAGAAGUUCCCCGACGAGAACUUCAAGCUAAAGCACUCCAAGGAGGGUCUUCUCUCUAUGGCGAACGCUGGCAAGGACACCAAUGGAUCUCAGUUCUUCAUUACCACCGUCAUCACCUCGUGGCUGGAUGGCCGACACGUCGUAUUCGGUGAAGUGUUGGAGGGCAUGGACGUUGUCAAGAAGAUUGAGAAUGUCAAGACCAAGCCUGGUGAUAAGCCAGAAAAGGAAGUCAAGAUCGCCAAGAGCGGAGAGCUCGAGGUGCCGCCUGAAGGUAAUGAAGGAGAAUCCGAAUGGGCUUCGGGACAUUCAACCGAACAGGAGAAACCCGUAGUCGACGAGACUGCUGCUCUCUCUGCUGAAUGGUCCGUUCUCCAAAAGGCUCUUCUUUUCGGUGUUAUUCUCGCUGCUAUCGCUUUUUAUAUUCGCCUGUCGAAGAAGAGAAGUGACCGGGACGGUAUUGCUUACGAGAAGACGAUGGCUUAGACUUGUGGCUAUUUACUCUAGCAAAUGAAAUAUACAUGGUAUAUCUGAUCAAAA